AUGGGUGAGCACUCGAACGUCCGAGCACUUCCGGGCCUGACCUUCCGAAUCCAGGGCCGCAUCUACCACUCUAUGACCACCCUACCCAAGUACCAUCAUACCAACCACGGCUCCAGAGAUCAUCGCUAUUCGCCGGAAAUGGAGCGAUUCACCCCCAUCAAAUCAAACGGAUUACCCACCUCGCCGGAGAAGCGUGGGGAAAGGAUCAAAACGAGCCUGAAGACGGUAGCCUAUCAGAUCGACGCCCGUGCACGCCCCGCUCCCUUCAUCCCGUUCCCAUUCCCACAAACCCAUGGGCAGACGGUAACCCAACAGCAACAAGAUGAAUACGUCUCUCCACGGCAAGAGGAGGAGGAUGAUGAGAAUGAUGAGGAUGACGAGGAGGAGGGGAGGAGGGAGGAGGGCGAGGAGGACGAGGAGCGAGGUUAUUUCGGAUCGGACGGCGGGCCGCGGAGGAUACCUCCCCAGUUCCUAGCCCAACACUUCCUCUGCACGGCCCAAGGUACUCUAGAGACGUAUCCCGAGGAAGCGGAAGCACUGCAGCAGCAGCAGCAGCAGCAGCAGCAGCAGAGGAGGUUGUGUUUUCAGCCAGCUAGCUAACGAAUCCUGGCAAAGGUAAGCACAUGCUAUGUGUGCGGUAUUUUCAGUCGGAUUGUUGGGAGAGCAGAGGACGGAGAACGGAGGGAGAGGAUGCUCUGGUUCCAUGUGCUCGAAGCCCGAGUAUGGUGCCGUGCGCCAUUGGGUUUCCUAUAGCGAGGAGUAUGUAGGAGAAGGAGGCACGAUGGGGAGGAGGAGGAUGUUGACGACCAUUACGUGCCUACCUGGCUGGUUGCCCGCCC